GGCAGGAGUCCCCGAGGUCACCGCAGCGAGACUGAGCCUGGACACGGAGCAAUAACAAACCAAACCCGCUGGGGAUUUGCAAUGCAAGCAGCCUUUCCAGGUUUCUUUUCUGCUUUGCUCCCACCCUGCUGUUGGAUUUGAAAUCAUGUCGGUUAAUAUUGUAGCUUUUGGGAAUGAAAGAGAUGGUUUUUCUGAGGACAAUCAGCAGCCCAACCUGAUCUGGAGCUAUCUCGGGAGAAGUGCUCUCAUUUCCCAGAUCGACAGCAGCUUGUCUGCCAGUCAUGUUGGAAACCCAGUUUUUACUGAGUAUCAAGCCUGCGUAUUUGGAAAUGUCAGACUGGUGGUACACGACUGUCCUGUCUGGGAUAUAUUUGACAGUGACUGGUACACUUCCUGCAGGCUCAUUGGAGGAGCUGAUAUUAUUGUGAUUAAAUACUCUGUCAAUGACAAGACUUCAUUUCAAGAACUAAAGGACAGCUAUCUGCCAAUGGUAAAAAAAGCACUAAAUCACUGCUCAGUUCCAGUAAUAAUUUCUGCGAUUGGUGCAAGAAAAAACGGAGUGCCUUGCACCUGUCCCCUGUGCACUUCAGACAGAAGGAGCUGUGUCACAACUUCUGAAGGAGUCCAGCUUGCGAAGGAACUAGGAGCCACUUACCUUGAACUGCACACUCUUAAUGACUUCUACAUCCAGAAAUACUUUGGAGGAGUGCUUGAAUAUUUUAUGAUCCAAAGUUUGAAUCAGAAGUCAUCUGAAAAAAUGAAGAAAAGAAAAAAGACGCAGAAGUGCCGUCGAGUCCAACCACCUCAGCUUGAACAGCCAGAAAAGAUGCCGAUCCUAAAGGGUGAAGCCUCACACUACAACGCAGACCUGCACAACCUGCUCUGUGGCUGCCAGUGUGCAGAUGUGGCCUUCUACCCUGAGGACCUCAGCACAGCAGUGGAGGCUCACAAGAUCAUCCUCUGCUCUGUCAGCCACCUCUUCAUGCUGCUCUUUGGGGUGAAGAGCCCGUCUGAUGCCCACGACGCCUCCGUCGUGCAGCUGGCACAGAGCCUCUUUGCGGUGCAGGCGGGGGAUCCCUUCCCCUCCUCCCCCCGCAGGGUCCCACCCUGUGUCCCACCAGUCAGGGUGGUGGUGAAGGAUUCUAUCUUCGGCUCUUGUCUCCCAGAUAUCCUCCACUUCAUUUAUUCAGGUGCUUUCCAGUGGGAACGAUUAGAAGAGGACAUAAGAAAAAAGCUGAAGGAUCCAGAUAAAACAGAACAUGUGCUUGAGAAAGUUAAAUGCAUCCUGAAAACUCCAGGAAAGCUAAACACUGUAAAGGACUGCAAGUCUCACCAGUUAAAACGGCUCUAUAAUACUUCUCUCAGGCUAUUCUUUAACACACCUGUGCUGGCUGAUGUAAUCUUCAAAAUACAAGGUGCAACUGUACCAGCCCACAGGGCAGUUCUGGUGGCUCGCUGUGAGGUUAUGGCAGCUAUGUUUAAUGGUAAUUAUCUAGAAGCAAAUAGCAUUCAAGUUCCAGUGUAUGGGGUUUCCAAAGACACUUUCCUGUCCUUCCUAGAGUACCUUUACACUGACUCCUGCUGCCCAGCCAGUAUUCUCCAGGCGAUGUCCCUGCUGAUCUGUGCAGAGAUGUACCAAGUAAUGAGACUCCAGCAUAUUUGUGAACUUUACAUCAUCACGCAGCUUCAGAGCAUGCCUAGCAGGGAACUGGCUUCCACAAGCCUCAGUAUUGUUAGCUUGCUCAAAAAAGCUAAGUUUCACAAUUCUGAUUGCCUUUCAACUUGGCUUCUUCAUUUUAUUGCCACUAACUACCUCAUCUUCAGUCAAAAGCCUGAAUUUCAAGAACUUUCAGGAUAUUCCAGCAGGAUGUUUCACCACCCUGGUGUGGGAUCAGCACACAACAUGAUACAGCCAGUACAGCAUCACCAUUUUUAUGGGUCCUGUUGGAAUGGCCAGGUUUCCACUCAUAACUGCAUUUGCUGGACCAGUUUGGUCAUUUUAUGUCAACCCCUUCAUAUUAUCGUGCUAAUUUAAAUCAAGUGGAAGAGCGUAAUUUUGUAGAGAUGCAUCGAUGGCCUUCAAACUUGUAUCUGAAGCAGCUUGCUGAUUACAGGAACUAUAUCCACUCUCAGAAAUGCCACUGCACAGUAAUGUAAAGAGACUGAGUACAUAUAAAGUACAUUUCAACUGCAAAAUUUCGGCUUGGGGAUUAUAUAAAAUAUAAAAACCAUGUCAAGAGUGAAACCUGAUGCUCAACUCCUCUGGAAAUUACAGACAUUCUUUGUUUUGCUAACAAGUCAUUCUAAUUUUUACCUUGAAGCAUUGAGUAAUAUAUGUGAAGAUUUUUUUAAAGCACAAGGACUUCAUAUUCAUGGGGAUUAAAUGUAUUACAGGACAGUGCCGUGACUGGCAUCUGCUCCCCUUUCUUAUUUCCUUUCUGUUUAUUUUAUUGUUUUUCAUGGUUAUUUGUGGCUGCUAAACUGAAUCUGUUGAAAAUAGACUGGUUUUGUAAAUCUGUGUGUAAUAGUAGCAUAGGAAUACAGUAGCAGUGCAGGGAAACUGAGAAGCCAGGUCAUAAGUUCUUCAUAUACAUCAGGUUGCAAAAAUUUUCUGCAGCAUUUGUUAGUUCACAAUAUAAUGGGUAGGCUUAAGAAGCAUUGCAGUUACUAAUAAUUUAUUACUCCAGAGAAAGCCUGUAGUUCUGUUACAACCCUAUGAAUUGAUAUUUUAAUUCCAGAGGAACGCCUAUGCAUCACAGUACUCUCUAGUGCCUCCAAACAUUUAAUGAAUGACAUCAUUUUUCCUGCCAGUAGGAGAAGAAAGCCUGCUUUCACAAUCUGCAGAACACCUUUGUUAGUGCAGUCAUACUGUAUUUUUCCCCAUGAGGAAUAAAGAGAAGGAAAACUACGUAUGCCCAGAGCAUAUCUGUACAGGACAAGGAAGAAAGGCAGAAGGGUCAACUGCCUUUCUUGGGGUUUGAGCAAAAAAACUCACUAGUACAAGUGGCUUUUUUGGGAAAAGUGUGUCUAGUAAUCGUAGUCACCACAAUACGUGUUAGAUGUGCUGGCCAUGAGGGAGAUGACCCUCACAGAUUUGCCUGUCCUGCCAGGGAUGUUGGCUUUUGUGGUGAGACUUUGAGCCCAAACCUCCUCAGGAGGGACUCAGUUGAAGUUUAGUUAUCAUGGUGUGCUCGUGAGCUACACCGUGUGGGACAAACCUAGCUGUGGAUCCUUUCUGAGAUACAAGAGAAAAACUCAGAAUAUUAUGACUGGCAUGAUCCUUGCAGAUGCUAUUUAGCAUUUUCUUGACCAAAAUAACUUGUCAUGCUGCUGAAUUGUAUAUACAUGUGCUAAUGCCAAAAUGAACCCAGCCUUUUCCUGAGCAUAGGUGCUUUUCUAGAAGCAAAAUCUAAUCAAGAAACUAAACACGUCAUUAUCAUUCUUGUACUUUCAAUUCUGGUUUUUCAUUUGCCUUUGUAAUGUGGUUUGUAGCCUGAGACUGUGGAAUUUCUACCACAUCAAAUGUACCUGAAAACUGCAUCUAUGAGAAGGUGGAAAAACAAAUUGCUCAAGCUGAAUCUUUUUUUUUUUAAGGUUUAAGAAUUGUUAUAUUUUUCAAUACUGUUUUAUAGAUACAUUGAUCUUUUCAAAUUCCA